AUGGAUGUCCUUCCAAGCCCUGUAUGGGGUGCAGUGCACUCUGUGGCCAUCCCGGGCUCCAGCCUUCAUCAUUCAGUCAUCAUGGCCACGGCUACUAUGUCGCUGCCGCCCUCUCAUGCUCAUCCGGCUACGAGGAUCUUUGUGGAUAGCCAGCCGCGUGUGGCCCACAGAGGGUCGUAUGUGGUCAACCCCGCAUGCAGGCCGGUCACGAGCGUGGCAGCAGAGAGUGGCAGGCCUCCUCCUCCUGCUGUCAAUGAGAGCCACAGGUUGCUGGCAACCCCUUCAUUGGGAAGCAGGCCAAUCGAGCCGCAGAACGCGAGGGAAGUUGGUCCCUCCAAAAGUUCUUACCCUCGCGUGUCUUACCGCUCUACGACGCAUGGUCAAUGGAUAAAUGCGCGAGUGGUCGCAGCCGAUCCGCAAAUAGGGGCCGUGCAGAUCGACAAGAAGCCAGGAAUAUGGAUACCAGCCGAAGAUUCUCGAAUAAGGAUCGGCCAUAGUGCAUCCUUCCAAGCUGCCAAGGAGGCACGGAUUGUGACCCUGCCGGUGCCGAGUGUGGCGUCGUCGGUGCAGAACACGGACCCUCCGAAGGAGGCCUCGGUGGCCAGCACCAACGGCAUGUCCCGUGUAGUUCAGCCAGAAGCCAAGUCUGCUGUGAGAUUCCCGGCACCUCGGAUUCUUGGUGGCGUGAACGGCGUGAGCCAAGACAAAGCAUAUCCGCCGACCGAGGAUCUGUCUGGCCAUCCGCCCCAGCCGGCAGGUGCGGUGCCUAGUGAGGCACCCAAGGUGAUCAUCGGUGGGCUUACCUACCCUGAUAGCCAUUGCCCCUCCACGUCUUCCUCUUCGCCGCGGAAGACGUCGAAGUCCUCACCGCAGCGUGCUCGAAUCAUCGUGCACACUGCUGCAGAGGAAAGCCCCAGUCCAGAGCGAACACCGCAGGGCAAAUCCUGGUUCAAAUGCCCGGAAUGUGGCACAAUGGUGGCGAGCAUUGAGGAGGCAGUUGUCCAUUGCGAAGCGACCACAAGCCCCCUCAGAGGUGAAUCUGGGCAUGAUUCUGACCCUCCGAAGGAUGGUUGUUCAGGCCUACCUCAAGGAGACGCCAUAGCCUAUGAUGAGUUCGGCCGACCCUUGAUCAUGCGGGUCAAAGACCCCGAGACGAGCCAAAACCGAACCCUAGUGAGAAAAGACAGUGGGGACUACAAAGUCUUUGAUGACGAAGCUGUCGACACCCUUCUGAACUCGAUCACCGAAGACGUGUCCAAAUAUCUCGACGACCUCUCCACAACGGAGUUGCGUGGGCUGGUCCACGAGGUGGGCCAGCGGCUGCUGGAAAACUCCCAGCUUUAUCAUAGCCGUCUCUCGGAGCUAGAGAAGCUGGGAGAGAAGGCCAACUUCAUGUUCUUUGGCCUCGAUAGCGAUGCAAGCGAACGGGAUCUCGACAAUGCGUAUCGCAGGUUGGCCAAGCAAAUGCAUCCCGACAAAAACGGCGGAACGGAGGAGGCCAAGAAGCGGUUUCAGGGGAUGAAGGAAAGAUACGAAGCUUUGAAAAAGCGCUUGGCCGGGGACACUGGUGAUGCGGAUGAGUCUGGCAAGGCGAAGGAUGAAGGCGACGACGCUGCUCCGGACAAUGAGAAUGGCAAGGAGAAGGAGGAGAAGGGUGACGGCAAGUCGAUUGAGUACGAUCCCGGGGACAAGGACUCCAUGGUGCACACUGUCUCAAAGAUGGCCGGCCAGCUGAAGAACAUCGAGAUCCAAAUGAGCGUCUUGAUGAAGGAGCUAACACGGGUGAAGUCGCAGGUGCCCUGA